CUACUUGUAUAGCAAGUUGAGCUGCAGCCCAGCAGCAGAGACACACAACUUGAAAUAAUAAUAAUGGUACGCGCCCUCCUCGUGCACGCGGUCCAGAGCACAGCCAUGGAGUUCCGCGCUAGAUGCUGCAUAUGGCACGCGCGCGUGCGUGUGCUUCACGAGGCUUGCCCGUGAUGCGCAAGCCGGCACAUCCAACGGCUCGUACCGCGUACGCGGCAUCUGCUUCCGCACCUCCGUUGACUUCACGGAGCCAGAUAGUCCGGAGGCUGAUCUUUUCUUGCCCCACCUCGAUAGGCUACCGUGGGUUUCCUCAUGACGCCUUGGUGCGGAAGAGGGAGACAAAGGCGCCAGGAGGUGAAAGCAUCUGGGAAGAAGGUAUAUAUGUCGGACUUGAUGCGCUCACAUCCCGCGGUCUGUCACUCCAUCCAAACAAACCCAUUCCCCGCUCAAAGAUUCAAUCGCUGGCAGCAUCACUCGUGACCGUUCCUCUGACCGGAUUUAGCGCAAACAUACCGCGUCUCGACCCAACAGAAGUUACGUUUUGCUCUCCACUGCACAAGCAUCGCUUCACCCACAUUUCACAUCCACUCCAUCUUUACAAGAUGCAGCUCGCAACAGCUUCUACGGACUCUUUGCCGAUCUAUGCGGUCAUCUGUCCCGCCAACUCUGUCCAGAUGGGCAAGAGCGCGACGACCAGUGCGCUCCCCUCCAAAUUGAGCGACGAUGCGAAGCUCAACACCGACGCAAGACGAUUUCAGCGUCGCUCAAUGCCUCAUACUAGGUCCAUGGGCCGUCGAAGCACGGACAAGAGAUGCAGCGCCGUCUCUUUCGAAUCCCGAUACGGUGUUCCUCUGGAUGCGCAAACGCGCAGGGACAUCUUUGGUGAAGAUCAAUCCAGGCCGAUGCUGGGCUCGACGGAAGAGGCACAAACGAGACAACAAUGGCACAUCACUUUGCUUCCGGAUGACGAGAGCCUGGAAGCUUCUCGCUCGAGCACCGAGACCGAAGCGGAAAGCGCUGCGGAGGCGGAAAGCGACGGACACGCAGCACGUGCACGUGCACACGCUCCAGCACCAGUAACGGCAGUACCAUGCGACUUCAGCCUCCCCAAGCCAUCUUCACAGUCGAGCAAGCCAGCAAGAUCAGAGCUGCAAAGCGUCGCAACUGGUUCGGGUUCCUCGUCGCCGCGCUUGAACCCACGAAGUCUCAACCUCCAAACAGCUCUGGUCUUGCCGGCAUUGACCACGGUCACUUGCCCAACCACACCUCGCCUAUCCGCACGGAUGUUGCUCAAGACUUCCAUCGGCGCAGAGCUGGAGAACCUCGGCCUCAAGCGCUUGUUCAGUCGCUAGUCCGCCACUCGCUGCUACGCGAUCGCGAGCCCCUUCGCGGGCGGAAGAGCCUCACAAGGAGUCGCGAUGCACCCUUAACGGCUGCUCCGCGCCUGCUUCGCCCGUAUCCGUUUGCCUCCGCUGCCGGCCAUGAUCACGUUGAAACGCCCAUCAUCUUCACAUACCCCUUGUCGCGUCUCAAUUGUCUG